GUUCAGUAUCUUGCAUAGCAAUUCGUUUGUUUAUACUGCCGACGUAUUUGUGAGAGGUUCAAAAUAAUACGAAUCCAACUACUGUUUACUAGCAGCUCGUACUAUACAAAACAGAGAGAUUGAUUGGAUUCUCUUCGUUGGGGGAUCGAAGCAAGCGGGAGAACACACGUCGCCGAGCACUGCGAUGCGAUGGUUCGAAUUUGCUGCAAAACGUGAGCUACGAACAGAACAUAGUCAGACGUUGAACGAAAAGAAUUCCAAAACAACUCCCAGCUCUCUGCCCAGUAGAGUUCCAUCCAAGGAAGCCGAGCGCAAGCGUUGAAAUGUGCGUUUGGCAUUUGCUGUGAAAUGAAGUGAAGAAAGUUCUAAGGAGAGGAAAAUUUUAGUGCAAUAUUUAAGUGAAAUCAACGAAUUUCCCAGUGAUUACAACGGGAGAAUUACUCUCGAACACGUUCGGUGAAACAAAUCCAACAAGCACAAUCCACAACCAUGGAGUUCCGAUUCAACUGUCAUCCGUUGUUCCGGCAGCGCAUUGUCCGGAUAAACAGUUCACUUCUACCGACCGGAUUCACCGCACAAUGCCGCCGUUCGGCACUAGAUGCAACCGCACAAAUAUCGGAAAUCAUCAAUUUCAUUGGCCAGCUGUCCGCCCAAGCCCAGGGUCUUUCGAAUCCAGUGACAACAUCUCAGAAACUUCGAAACUCCGAUCAUCACAUUUACCUUAUGUUUGAACCAAACGAUAAACACGGACUGGUUGUUGGAAUUCUGAAAGUUGGACGUAAAUCCUUAUACGUAUUCGACCAGACUGGAGAAACGAUACACGUCACAGCACCAUGCGUUCUGGACUUUUACGUACACGAGUCCCGACAACGUGGCGGACUUGGUCGAGAACUGUUCGAUCACAUGCUAAAAGAGGAACACAUCGAACCGGCCGAGAUGGCCAUCGAUCGUCCUUCGGAAAAGCUGCUUGGAUUUCUCCAGAAACAUUAUGGGCUGUACAAGAAAAUUCCCCAAAUGAACAACUUUGUCGUGUACGAAGGCUUCUUCACCAGCAACCAAAACUCGUCGGACAUUGACGGUCGCCGCAUGCACAUCACCGCUAGUCCUAACACCAAUCUAUUCGGACCGACGUUCACCACCGCCGAGGAUAGGCGGAGGUCCAAUUCGCAAACACGCCAACCGGUCAUCUCCCCACCGAUAGUUCAGCAACCCCCAGUAGGACGCUAUGCGGCAAAGCGACCUUCCUGCAGUAUGGCACAGAUAAUUCACAACAGUCCAAAUACUGUGGCUACCGAACCUAACAGCACUUCUCCCACUAACAACCAUCAUGCGCCUCCAUCCGCUCCCACUAACAAUAAUGAUUAUGAAAACGAUCAUCAUCAUCAUCACCAUCAUCAUCAUGACAACGGUCACCAGCAAGAGCCAGACCAGCAGGAACCGGAGGAACCGGAAGAGCACAAUAAUCCAGCCCAUGAUGAUGUUGCUGAUGAUGUCCUAUCGGUUAAGCUUCAAAAUUUAAAUAUGUCGGAACCAUCCGACUACGUUGACUACCAUCGCCUCCAUCACCAUCAUAAACCCGGUCAGGAGGUGAAGUUUGCCGACGAAUACGGAGAAAUUCCAGAGCCGUUGGCCGAUCCAGAUCCGUACAGCUUCCAUCCGCAUCAUCUUGAGCUGAUCCAUCAGUCACCGGAACAGCAGCAGCAGCAAAUGAUGAUUAAUCGUGAAAAUUCUGCUUCUCCCCAAUCGAUCAGUCAGCAGCAAACCCCAGAACACCCCGGACCGAGAAAACCAGUCCGGUACACGAAACAACAUACCGGUAUGAAGAACAUGUCGUCCGGUGUUGGGGCCGCCGUGACACCCUCCGCGAAGAUGGAAUUCGACCAGGAGGAAAACGAAGGGUUCGGUUCGGUCAAAAUAAACCGACCAAUUGGCAAGUCCAGCACGAAGAACAGUUUGAACGACAAUGAUAACGAGUCGGUCCAUUCCAAGGGUUCCGAAAGUAGCCAUCUAACCGAGCACGGACAUUUUGAUCUCAAGUUCUAUCACAAUAGACUCUGGUAAGACCCCUCGGUUUCAGUACCAGCAGCCCCAGACAAAUGGAAUGGAUUGUAAAAUGCGAUAACCAUCGUCUUCUAUGCAUUAUUAGAUCAAUAAGAACUUCUUAGCAUUUUUUUUUUGUUCUUGAUGAAUGAUGAUUCAGUAACUAGUAAAUUUUGUACACGUACAUCGUAUGCAGGCAUAAUAACUCUUAGAUCAUAAAAUGGAGGCUGCAUGAUAUUACUAAAACAAAACAAAAUAAAAAAUAAUGUCCUGAAUUGAUAUUGUUGAGUAGAUGUCACGCUUGUUACCAGUAGAAUUGCCGUUCUGUCACGCAAGAAUGUGACCAAUAAUCUAAAGCGGGCACACUUACAUAGAUUAAUUAUAGUUGUUGUUAGGUUUUUUUCGAUAAAAGCUUUGCUUUAUCUGUAUCCAACACUAGGCAACAUGUGCUUCAGUAAGUUUGAGUUUUUGGUGCAUUUGUUGAUUUAUUAGGCGUUUCAACUAUGAUAUAUGACAAGCUAGAAUGCUAGAAUGCAAGUGAGAGUGAAUAAAUGCAUUCCUUACAGAACUUUCCAAGAGGACUAUCUAGACGAUUACGUCAUUCAUUAAAUGGCCAGUGAAAGUGAGUACACGCACCUCUUGAUAUCCUGUGUUCGAAACAAACCUGAACAAAUUGAAUGAAAAUUACCGAUCGUUAUAUUUGAAUGUAUUUUCCUCAACUACAAUUAUAAAUGGUAAACAAGAAAAAAAAACUUCCUACCAAUAAAUAAUAAACAAAAUCUUUUCGAUGUUCAAAUCAUUUCAGACUUCAAUAAAUAAUCUUGGAUAUUACAUGGAAAUAAU